GUAUUAAACAUAAAUAUUUAUCUUUUUGUAAAAUUAACAAUGUAAGAAUCUGUCAAAUUGACAAGUUAAUCUUGCACUAACAUGGCUGCCGGGAUCAAUAGAAAACUGUCAUGAUACCUUUUGCCCAUGCUCAUUGGUAUUAUUAAAUUUUUUAAGAUGUAUCGUAUAAAUAUUUCCCGUGAAUAUGAAUUAUUUUAAAUUAUUAUCAAAGUUCUUUAUAUAUUUCGUGAAAAUGUCAUAAUUUUGACGAUUGUAAUGAUAGGAGAAAGUGUUCUGAAUAACUGUUGACCCGUGAAAAGAGGGUGAUUCACAACAAUGUAAUUCAGCAUUAUGAAAAUAUCACCUUUUUUUACGAUCCAUUAAAAUGUAUAGAUAUUAUAGCAGUACCUAGUAUUUUACAUAAAUGUCGACGAUAUUGUUGUUAUAAAAGUAUUAGUUACAUAAAGUUCGAAUAUAUUUAAUAUUUUUACAUAAUUUUUGUUACAUAGUUGUGACAAGACAGUGCCUAUUCCUACAAUUUUACUUAAUAUUUUCUGAUCUUGGUAGAGCAGAAGUAUCACGCUUAAUAAAGGAAACUAUUAAGUUUCCGAUAGGUGAAAUAUUAAUAUGGACAUUUUUGAAUUUAUUUGUACAUCUGUGAUUACAUUUGUGUGUGGUAUAAUAUGUACGCUAUGUUUGGAGUUUUACUUGUUCAAAAAAUAUUUGGAAGAAGCUCCCUUAGCAAGUCCUCCAAAAAGAUCAAUCCAUCAUGGAAUGGCUCAGUUACCUAAAGAAUUACUUGAAAAGAUUCAAGAUGAAAAGACAAAUCCUAACAUAAGUAUAUCACGCCAAGCCAUGUGCCAAGGUAACGAAAACUUGGCAAUAAAUUUAACGUUGCAAUUUUUGUUUAAUGAACUUCGAAAUGCUGAACGAGUUCGUCUUUGGUUGUAUAGAAAAUUAAAUAAUGAGUUCAAAGAAUUAUUGACUCAGUCCACUACAGGGAAAUUAUUGGAUAGUGUACAGUUAAGGGAUUUGAAUUUGGGUACUCAGUUUCCCACCAUAAAAGGUUUAGAAGUUGCAGAUUCAAAAAUAGAUGCUGAUACGGGUUUAUUGGAAACAUUGGAUUUAUCUUUAGAUUUGCAUUAUUCUGGAAAUUUUCAACUGUCAAUAGAUGUAAAAAUGCUGCUGGGUAAAACUGCUUACAUGGCUUUACAAGUGAAACGGGUCAGUGGGAGAGCGAGACUGCAAUUUACACGUGUUCCGUAUACUCAUUGGUCUUUAAGUUUUUAUUCAGACCCUAUACUUGAAUUAGAAGUGCAAUCUCAAUUUCAAGGUCGUCAAUUACAACCACAAAUUAUUUCCUUAAUCACAGGACAGAUUCGCAGAGCUGUGCGUAGGAAACAUACACUACCUCGCUAUAAAUUGCGUUACAAACCAUUCUUCCGCAGACUGAACGAUGAAGCGGUAGAUUUAUCCGAAGUUGCCAAUAUGCAAUUAAUACCGGGUUAUUUGGAAGUAUCAUUACUGGAAGUGAGUAGAUUAAAUCUUGGACCUAAUACGCUUAAUGCAGAAGAUAAAUCACAGAUCGAAGUGUAUUGUACGAUAAGUAUAGACUCAACACCUUGGGUAUAUUUGACUCAAUAUACUGGAGUUCCUUAUAUGGUGUUGGAUUUGAUUAUUAGUAAAGUUAGUUCUCAGCAACUUGGUGUAGUAUUUAAACAAGAACUUGUGCCAGAAAUAGGUCAUGUUUGUGUGCUAGUCGAAACUAUAAUAACUGGAAGCCCUGCAGCUAUUGCUGAAAUGAAAAAAGGGGAUAUUUUAGUAGCAGUAGAUGGUAAAAAAGUAUCUAACAUGAAUCAAGUAGGUAAACUUGUAAAGAGUGCUGUACAAAGGCGUUUUAUCAUAAGAGUUGAAAGAAAGUACUCAAAAGCAGAUUUGGAUAAACAAGCUAACAUGAAACUGGACAGUGAAAGAUUAUCUGCAGAGAAAGGAAUGGACAGAAAACCAUUGAAAACUGAUGCGUUGAGUAAAGGAGAUAGUAUUCCUAAUAUUGAAGAGAGUGCAAAGAUUAAAUUUGAAAGUCAAAUUAAAUUUUCAGAUCUGAAAGAUUCUGAAAGCGAAACUUCUGAAAAGCCGGAAACAGGUAGUAAAAUUUUUAAAAGAAGAAAAAGUAGCGCACAUACUACAGAUGAUACUGCUCAAACACCUGACAGUAUACCUUCCAGAAAAAUUUCAACCACUUCAAAUCAGUCUAUCAUAUCGAGUAACUCUCAGUUUUGUUUUAACGACGAUAGUUACAUAAUAAAUAUAUCAGAUUUAUAUUAUACCACGAAAGAAAAGGAACAUGCCUCUUUAAUUACUUUCGAAGAAACGAGAAACUUUCAAAUCGACUCGGAACUUCAGUACUUGAACAUAGGCGUAUGGGGUCGUGUAAGAGGAGGAGAAAUUCAGGCAAAAUUAUUAGGAUAUAUAAACGUUCCCAUGAAAUUAAUAUUAGCACAAUGUUACACGUCUUCAACUGGUCAUUAUCUUAAAUGCCAUGCUUUGUUACCACCAGACAGUGCUUCUUUGACAACCGUUCACCCAAAGUUACAAGGAUAUUCAGGAUUCGAUCCAACACUUUGUUAUGGUGACAUUUUAUUAUCUUACGUAUGGGAGUCCAGUUAUCCGAGUCGACAGUUAUCUGGUGAUUCAGGAAAGAAAGAGAGUACAGAAUCUGCCAAAAUACAGCCAACAUUGAACGAAGAGAUCACGAAUAAAAAGAUGCACGAUUUUAUUAGAACGCAUUUUCAUAGAGCAACACAUUGCGACUUUUGUACAAAGAAGAUUUGGCUAAAGGAUGCGGUACAAUGUAGAGACUGCGGCAUGGUAUGUCAUAAAAAAUGCGAAGUGCGCUGUCAAGCAUCAGGAAUGUGUGGAGCUGAGAGUAUAACGACAGUGGCAUUAGAAGCUGAUGAAAUAGAGCCUAAUACUCUUAUCGGGGAUUCAGGUCCAGAAAUUUCUCUAACCAGUUGUGAAGAUAAUGUACAGGGUGCAACUAUGAUGGCCAUGAAGGCUAGUAUAGCUAACACUCUGUUGGGCCUGAAGAAGGCUGGAAGCACCAGUUGCUUGGCCCCACCGGCUUCCGGUACCGGUCUGGCAUCUAGAAGUCUUCCCCCAAGUCCCUGUGCAUCCCGCAAGAAUUCAUUGGUCGGAGGAUUGGGCAUAAGUUCUGAUCUUUUGGAGGGUGCUGAGCCUAGUGUGGCAGCUCCUCUAUUAGCCGGCGAUUUGGACGAUGGUCUUAUGUCUAGAGCUAAAGAUACCGGCAAGUUUUUGUACAAAUAUUUGGAGCCGCAAGAACGCGUUGAAAAGAUUAAUGCCAUGAUGGGGAAGCUGAAGACUGCGCUCGACGCGGAAACUACCUCAAGAUUAGAAUUAUCACAGAGCGGAGAAAUGGACAGUAUUAAAUUAAUCGCACAGAGUGAUUUGCGAGUUCAAGCAUUGAGUGUCUUACUUUUGCACUACUGUGCCGGUUUACAGCAUGCUCAGGAGGCAUUGGAUCGAUCGAAAAGCGGCAAGGAAUCUUAACGGACCUAGAGAUUUGCGAAUGAAAACCAAAAUACAGGAUGAGGAAGAUCAUGAUAUCGACGUACAAAGAUAUACAUAUAAAGGCAUAUGCAGUAUGCCUAUUUUAUUUCAUGUUUUUGGAUUGCACAGUUAAUUAUCUUUAUGCUAAAGAACUUCUCACUAAAAUAUUGAUCAAAAUAGGUACAACUCCUAUGCCUUUAUAUUUUUGCUCCUCAGUAAUAAUCUUUUAUUUUUUAUCAUUGGGAGAGGUAGUUGGUGGUACAGGAUGUUUCAUAACACAUAGAGUUCGCAUUAACAAUGGACAGAGAACACGUUAGGUCACAUAUGUUUUUGCCUCACCGAUAAAUUUUUCAAUGGUAAAUUGAACAAAUGUAACUAAUUUUUUUAACAGAUAAAUUCUGCACAUUUUACUUUUUACGAUUACUUCUGUAUUCCUGGUGUUAUGAAACGUUCUCUAUAAUUCAAAGGUAUUUCAAACUCGAUAUUACACUUGCACAUCGAUCAGUUUGUUCAAUUUAGAAAUUUUCUGUCAUGUAUACUGUAUGUAAUCCAACGAAUUCAACGGAUCGAAUAUGCUUUGAAAUUCUUCUUAAAAUCGUACCGCGAUACUCGUAUAAUAGAUCUCAAAAAUAAUACUCGUGAAUUUUACCGUGAUAUCUUUAUAACUUACCAGAGAACACCAAAUACUAAGACUUGUAUUUACAGAUUAUUAUAUGUAUAUUCGUAGAGAAGCGAGCGCAACGUGUAUCACCGCGUGUUUACGCGAUACACGAUUCGAAUAUUUUGAUCGAUAUACGUAUAGAUGAAUAGCUAUAAAGUAAAGAAAAUAAAUUAGUGUCUUUGAGUUCGGUAGUAAGGUAAUGGGCAAUUAGGUACUUAAAUAUAGUAAUCGAUAGCUAAGUGGAACAGGAAUUAUUCUCUUUGAUAUCAGUAUAUAAUUAACUUCAAUUAUCAAGCGUUCACUCGAACAAUUUACUCAAUUGUGUUUUUUCUUUGUCGAAACGUGUUUUAGUAAUUGUAAAACCAGCUGCAACGAAAACCGCAUGGAUUGCGACUGAAUUUUAUCAGACAACAAUGCGUAUCAAUUACCUAUCGUAAGCAUGAAUGAAAUACACGAUACGAUAGAAUUCCAUCCAACAGAAUAAAACAUUUCAAGUAUCGGUGUAUAUACGUACAUUCCGUUGCUUUACGAACCGCUACGAUUCAUUGUUAACAAUGUAAAACGAAUAUACAAAACAAAUGAAUAUAGAUUGUUGAACUGA